AUGAAGACUACCUUUUUGAUCAUGGUUCUUGUAAUCGCAAUGACUUGGUCUCGUUCAAGUGCUCAACCGACGGAUCCUCAGGGAUGUGUGAAUGCGUUCAAGACAUCAUCAAGCGGAUGUCUCAAAAGUCUAAAGCAUUUAUUUGGUAUCAAGAAAGAAUGUUGUGUAACCGUUAGAGCAGUUUCUGACAUAUGUUGGCCAGUAAUCUUCCCAAGCAUGCCUUACAUUCGUUUUAUAAUAAAGGGUGUUUGCACUGUCAAAUACUCUUUGCUUUAA